AUGAACAGUAUCUCAUCAUAAUUCGGUUCCUUAAUGUAUCUUGAAAGAGCUUAAUAAAUAUUCUUGAAAGGUUCAAAUAUUUCGAAUGUAUAAACUGGAUCAGUUAUCUACUCUGUAGGAAACACCACUUUGAAUAUUUCUCAUACAACAAUAGAUUGUACUUAAAGUCCUUAUGAUAGCAAGUAUAAUACCUUAGAAUACCUAAGAACUCUACCAGUUAUCAUUAAUUUUUUCCAGCCAACAAAAAAGACUCCAGUUUUUAUUAAAAAUGCUAUGUAUGUGGCAUCUGCUAGCAAUUAGAUUAGGAAUUGCUAUCAAUCACCUUAAGGUGGAGCUUAUUAUCUCGAAAAUACUACAUUUUAUGACUCUUAAAACUCUCAUUAUAGCUAUAAUUCUGCAUAACAAGGUGGAGUAAUUUAUUGCAAAUAUUGCAAAUUGGAUAUAAAAGCUGCAACUUUGAGAAAUAAUUUUGCUAACUUAGGCGGAUCUAUCUAUGCCGAGUAGAUCUCUUAAAUUUAACUUAAUAACAUAACUGUCAGAAAUAGUUCUGCCUAUAUUGAUGGAGGCUUUCUGUACUUUUUAUCAAAUGACUUAUCAGCGAAUAAAAAUUUAUCAGCAAUCGAUGGAAGUGAUAGCUCAAGCUUAAGCUUUGAAAAAACUUAAUUUCCAUAUUUAAAAGUGAGUGGUGGAUAGUUUAAUUUCACAUAAGCAACAAGGACAGGUGGAUGCUAUUUUAUUAAUGCUAAUUACUCAGAAUUUUACAUUGAAAAUCUUAAAAGCCAAUUUCAUAGUUAUGUACUGUCUACAGCAACAUCAUACGGAGGAGUCAUUUAUAUUCUAUAAGCAGAUAAGAUUCAUAUCUAGGAUUCUAUAUUCAUGCUCUUCAACUCAACGAAUGGGUCAUUUGCAGCUAUUAGAUCUGUUGGUAUUUAAGCUUACAUCUCUAACUCAUAUUUUGAUCAAAAUGUUAAGCCAUUCAAUAGAAUAUCUAUAUAUGAUCCUUUUUAUUCUGUUAGAUCAUUUGGAGCUCUGUAUAUUGAAAAUGGGAAACAAUUAAGUUUGGAAAGUAACAUUUUUUCUAAUUGCUACUUCCCUUAUUGGGGAGGAGCAGUAUCUUUAAUUAAUACAAAACUCCUUGAAAAUAAUACAAUUUACUAUUCUAAUUACGCUAUCUAUGGUGGAGUAUUUUAUUCAGCCUUAUAACCAGAAUCUGAAUUUAACUCUAUAUAAAUUUACAAUACUUAAGCUGCCUAUGAGGGUUCUGGUUAUAUCAUUGAAAUUUAACAGGGGAAUUUAUAUUUUAAAAACUUGACAGUCUAAAACGCCACUGCAUAUUUCUAUGGUUUUUUCCUAGUUUAAGAAUAUCCCUCAUCUUAUGAGGACAUUUAAGCUAACUUAACAAUUUCUCCAAUUAAUGGAGCGAUAUAUAUUACGACUGUGAAUUCAUUAACUAUCAAUCGAUUCUAUGGAGUUAAUUUAUUUGGCAGUCCAACCUCUUUAAUGAAGUCAACAAGCGUAAAAGAUUUAAUAAUUAACAAUACUGUAAUUGAAUGUAGAGACAAUUACUAUGCUUAAUUCACUCCUAAAAGAAUACUUUAGAUGACUAUUUCUACUUACAAUACUUAGUUGACAAUGUAAAGCGUAAUUGAGCUAGGUAAUAUGAAUUCAGCAAUUUUUAACAAUUUGACUAUCCAAAACUGUAAUGUUAACUAAUAUGCUAUACAAACAUCAUCAUUUUAAUUUGUCGUUACUCUAAUCAUUACCAAUAGUAAAUUUAAGAAUAUAAAAAUAGGAGGAUGUCUUUCUACUUAUGGAAUCAACAACUUACUUAUUGAAAAUAUUACAGUGUAGGAUGUUGAUAGUAUAAAGGAAUCUUUUAUUAAUGAUCAAGGCUCUCAAUUAGUAAUGAAGAAUAUCCAUCUCAGAAAUAUAAAGUAGUAAACUGGUAGUGCCAUAAGGCUAUUAAGGGCUACUUUAUCUAGAAAUGCUACAAUUACAAACAUUUCUGUCACUAAUCUAACAUCAAAUGCUUAAGGAGCGAUUAUCUACUUAAAUUCUAGCAACUUAAUGCCAUUUUUUAGACUAUAAGGUAUAUACUGUCAGGAUAUUACUUCUACUGAUUCAGCUGUUUUAUUGUUCAUAAAUCUAUUUUCAGGUCAAAUCCUUAUUACUCCAGAAGGAAAUAAAAAGAAUUAUAUUAGAAGAUUCAAAUCUACAGGAAAUGUAGGUCUUAUCUCAUAGGAAAAUCAAAAUCUUACUUUGAGCAUACAAGACUUUCUAUUUGAAUGCGUUGAUGAUUCCAAUAGACCUUAAUCUCAAUACACUGCGAAUAAAAAUGGGCUAGUAUAUUUUGCUAACUCGUUUGGAUAAUUAAAGACACAAAAUGUAGUUUUUAGAAAUUGCAAACAAGAAGGGUCUCCAAUAAUGGUCAAAUUUUCUAAUUUUUUUGAUAACAGCUCAAUAUUUGAAUACAAUGGGGCCAUUAAAGGAGGUGCAUUGGCAUGUCAUAGCAGCUUUUGUAAACUAGAGAAUACAACUUUUAAGAAUAAUACUGCUUAAAAUAGUGGAGGAGCUUUGAAUUUUGACAGCAAUAUUACUGUAAUCUUGAUUUCUAUUAUUGCUAAUGACAAUUUCGCAGGUAUGAUUAAACUUUAUUAUUUUACAUAAUUUUUAGAUCAAGGAGGACUAAUAUUCUUUGAAAAAUCAAGGCAAGAUGAUUAUUAACAGGCUAACUUCAACAUUACGAAUACAAGUCAAUUACGAAGAAAUACUGCUAGAUUUGGAGGUUUAAUUUUUACAGACAAUAUUUAUCUAGUGAUGAAUAUAGUCAAUAUUUCAGCAAAGUAUGUUUCCUCAACAGAGGAAGGAGGAAUUUUCUAUAUUUUCAAUGCUAAGUAAAUCAAUAUUAGUGACUCAAAUUUCGAAAGCUUUUAAUCUAAUGAUGGUGGCUUUAUGAUGAGCACUGCAACUGACAUAGAAAUGAAAAUUACUAAUACUGUGAUUCUUUGUGAUUCAAGCAGCACCAAUGAAAUUAAUCUUCAGUAAUUCUAAUCUUCAUAAUUGACAACUAAUACAAAAGGAGUAUUAAGUCUAAGCAAUGCAAAAGCUUUCACCUCAAGAAAUAAUCAAUUUACAUAAUGUGGUAUUUCAUCCUAAGGAGGUGUUAUCAACUUGUAUAGAUCUAACUUUACAGAUUUCUAAUCUCUUUAUUAAAAUAAUGUUGGACUUUACGGUGGAGCAAUUAAUGUUCAACAAUCUAAUGCAAUCAUCGUAUAGUCAAAGUUCUUAAACAAUUUAGCGAAAGUUGGCGGUGCAAUCUACUUAGCAUCAGAGUCUUCAUUAAUUCUCUUCAAAUGUUUGAUUAAACAGAAUUAAGCCUAAACAACCAGUGGGGGAGUUUAUCUUUCAACCUCUUCAAUAUUGCAAAUAGAUCAAUCAUAAUUUUACGAAAAUAAAGCAUCUGAAAACUCUGCAAUAGAAAUCUUAAGAUCUAAAGCUAAUGCAAAUGUUACAAUUAAGAAUAGUAUCUUUGAAGAUAACUAGUCUGAGAAGAACACAAUAUCGAUUAUGUAUUCGAGUGUCUGGAUUGAAAAUUCUUAAUUUCAUAACAAUUAAGCUAAUUAAAGAUCUAAGAAUAUUUUAUGCGGAUUUACUAACAUUACUAUAUAAGGCUGCGAUUUUUACUAAACAUAUUAAGACCCUAAAUAGAUAUAAAUUAGAAAUUAUUAAACAACUGGAACAUUUUUAUUCUUGAUAUUUGAUGUUUCUAUUGAUAUUUAUAAGACAAGAUUUUAUGGAGGAGUUUCCAGUAACGGAGGUGCUAUAUAUAAUUCUGGAAACAGUUAUAUUUAUAUUUAAGAAUCAGAAUUCUUAAAUAACUAUGCUUCCAAUGGUGGCGCCAUUUAUGCUUCAGGUUUUGAAAGUAUUUACAUUGGUAAUAAAACAGAAUUCUCAAAUAAUUAAGCUAUUGAAAUGGGUGAGGAUUUACAUGCAUCAAACUCAAUAAAUAAUAUAACUCUCAACAAUGUUAAAAUUUAAAAGGCAUCUGCAAAAAAUUCUAUAUAUAUUGAACAAGCAUAUCUUGAUGCAGAAAAUCUAAAUAUUUCAGCUACUACACCUGCAAAAGAUCUUAAAAAUGGAGCGGGAAUCAAUUGCAACUAAUGUAAAGGAAUGAGAAUAUUUAAAUCAGAAAUGAAUAAUCUAAGAGGUAUUUAAGGAGGAGCUAUUUAUGUUUUAGAUGUGGAUCUUAAUAAAGGUAAAACAGAUCAAGAAACAAACAGAAAAUUUGUCAUUGAGAAUUCAACUUUUGAAUAUUGUUCUGCUUACAAAGGAGGAGCUAUUACCUUUGAAAAUCCGUAAUCUGUCUAAAUAAUUAGCUCUAGAUUUUAGAUGAAUUAUGCUUUAAAUGGCUAUAGCUCAACUCUUAAAAAGUAGGGGUCAGGAGGAGCAAUCUACUACACUUGCAGCUCAACAUUUGAGAAUUGUAAAUUGAAUCUAACAGGCUCAAAUAUAUUUGAAGAAAACUAAGCUUAAAUUUAAGGAGGUGCAAUUUAUUGGGACUAAAUUUAACCUAUUAUUUAAGAGAAUAUGACCUAAUUUACUUAGAAUCGAGCAAAUUAAUAUGGAGAUAAUAUCGCAUGCUUCACUUAGAAAAUUGCAAUAGUUACUUAAGAGAUCUAUUAGAAUCAAAUGAUAAAGCUAGGUCUAAAUUCUUAAGAUGACUUUUAUUAAAGACAACUUCAUACCUUGGAUAAUCUAACUAACUUUGAAAUACUAUAAGUAGCCAAAGUUUAGUCACUAAAAAGUGGUGGUGAAAUUCCAAAAAUCUAUAUUGCUUUGUUAGAUUAAUACAACUAGAUAGUUGGAUCUGAUUUUUAGAGUAAAGUCAGGGUGCAAGUUAGAACUACGAAUCUAGAUGAAGAAGCAAUGGAAUAUCCUCCAGUGCUUGAAGGAAACAGUGAUUUUUUUUCGAUUGGUGGAAUCGCAUUGAUUUAAAAUGUGGAACUUACAGGUACACCUGGCUCAAAAUAUACUCUUAACUUCCAAUCAGAUGCUAUCGAUUAAAAUAAAUAGUCAGUCAAGGAAUACUAAGCUUCAGUACAUAAAUCUGAUUCUAAUGUAAACUUGAAUGUAGCCUUAAGAUUAUGCUAUAUUGGUGAAUAAUUCACAGUUUCAGGCAAAUGUUAGGAAUGUAUAAACGGAUUUUCGCUUAUUUAAAUGACUGAACCAGGAUAUUGUUAAUCAUGUCCAACAGAUAAAGCAAUCUGCAAUGGUGGAUCUAAUAUUGGUCCUCGACCAGGGUUUUGGAGAAUGAAUAAUGUCACAUCAACUUUUGUUGCUUGUAUGUAUUAACAAGCUUGCCUUGGAAUGGUACCACCUAAGAAUAACCCAGUAGGUGAAUGCGCAUAAGGUUAUUAAGGUAUUCUUUGCUCUGAGUGUUCUGUGGGAUAUUCAAGAGAUGGGGACUUUAAGUGCUUUGAAUGUCCCUCUAAAAUUUUCAAUAUUUUAAGAUUAUCUGCAAUUAUACUUGCUAUUCUUGUGGUUGUAAUAUUUGUUAUCAAGACUUCAAUCUCAGCUGCAAUGGACUAAAAUAAUGUUAUGAGCAUAUACAUGAAAAUUCUACUCAAUCAUUUCUAAUUAAUCAUGGUUACUGCAUCUAUGGAUUUUCAAUGGUCAUAGUAAAUAAUUGAUUUCUUUAGUCAGACUAAAAAGGUUGCAACAUUUUCAACUUAGAUUUUCAGUAUUGAUUGUUUCUUAGAUGAAAGAACAUCAGAUGAUAUCAAUGAAACAUAAAAAGGUUCAAGAAUAUUCUUUUAAAAAAUGAUCCUUGUAGCGUUACUUCCUUUUAUUCUUUCAAUCGGGUGCUACAUCAUUUGGUACCUUAUUGGAUAUUUCAAGAAAGAAUUACAGAAUAAGAAAAGCAAAAUAAUGUCAAGCCUUGUUAUCUUGCUAUUUUUAGUUCAUCCAAGUAUAAUCUAAUACAUGUUCUAUGGCUUUAAUUGCAAAUCGAUUGAUGGAGAAGAAAGAUUAUCAGAAGAUUUAUGGGUAGAAUGCUGGAAAAGUGAGCAUUUAUUUUGGAGUUAUUUUGUUGCAUUACCUAGUAUUUUGGUUUGGGGUCUAGGAAUUCCAUUUUUCGCUUUUGCUAUCUUGAUUAAUCAUAGAAAAAAUCUUGACCGCCAGAUCACUAGACAAAAAUACGGUUUCCUCUAUCGUGGUUUUAAGAAAGAAUUUUAUUAUUGGGAAAUUGUAAUUAUGUACAGAAAAAUCAUCAUUGUUUUCGUAGCAGUAUUUGUAAGCAAUUAUGGAGCGAUAUCUUAAGCCUUACUCUUGUUCUUAAUUCAAAUUUGGUAAGAUUAGGAAUUUCAAAACUAAUUAACUCUAUAGCUAUUUACUACUAAACUUUUAAAAGAAACCUUUUUAGACUACUUCAUUGAAUGA